CUGCCUACUGCUAUGCAGGUAAGUAGCAGGAUACCUGUUCUUGUGUCCUCCAGUAUGUUGUGUUGAUUUUAGACGUAUCCAUUUUACUGGUGCAGCUCGACCACGUCCUGUUCGACCAAUAUUUUUCAUCUUAUCCUCGAUUACCAUGAGUUGAACCCAGCUAUCAUCCCGUGCCCCCAAUUUCCGAUCACUGUUCCUGUUUUCGUGUUUGAUAUCAUCAGAAUUCUUCACAGCCACGGCUCUUUCACUUUUGUUAGUCUUUCCCCCCUUUUUAUAAAAUCUAGACCUAAACAAUAACCCCCCAUCUCUUUAUUUCAUUAUGCCCUCUAUUUGUCGACACUGAUCUACUACUUUUGAAAUCAUUGCCUAGCUUAACACUCUGGCAUCAUGAAGACUUCCACUGAGAUUGCUGAGGAGUUCCCGGCGGAGACCUCGUCUCUACCUCAGUUUGUCGCAAUCGAGAAAAGAAAUCUAGAAGUUCUCAUUAGACGGGCCAAUGUGCGGUUUACCAAUGAGUGUCCAGAAUCAGACUCUGUCGUGUGUCUCCCAAAAAAUGAGUAUGACGGGUUUCUCCAAAUACAAAAUCAAUACGCAAAUCUUGUACACAACCUUCUGGCAUCUGGAAUGCCCCCAGAGCAUGUCUGGAAUCUAGCCAAGGACACUGCCCAUUCGUCGGCUUGCGUAUCUCUGGGAGCGCGAACAACCCUUUCCCCCCAGAUAGCUCAUGUUCCUUCGCAGCAAAAGGUUAUUUCAGUACUAUCUGAUCAUGAGAGAGUCGACAAUGCCGAAUCCAACAUAGCCUACCCACCCAGUCCUACAAAUACUGAUUCUCGCAGCGAGCGGCACAUUACAUCAUUUAAUUCAAUUCAUACCAUAGAGCAGAAGUCAAACAGCAAUGAUCACCGCGAAUAUAUAUAUCCCCUUAAAGCCAAGAGAUCAGUUGUGCUCGAAGGUAUUCCUGUCGGCGCUACUUGUUGGGACGUAACCAGCGCUAUCCGUGGUGGAGCCCUAGUCGAAUUUACUAUGAUAGCAGCUAGGCGAAUGGCCAUUGUGUCUUUCGUAUCCCACGAAAGUGCAGCACGCUUCUUUGAACAUUCAAAGAAGAGAGGAUUCUACGUGAACAAUGUUAAGGUCCCCCUAAGAUGGUCAGAAAGGCAGUACACGAUCCCUUCUUACAUUUCUAACAAGGCCGAAUCCGGAACUACAAGAAAUCUAGUUGUGAAGGCAUGCAGAUCGCGAAUAACAGAGGACCGCAUUCGGCAAGAUCUCGAACAUAUUCAUCGUCUUGUCAUCAUCAAUAUUGACUGGAUCGAUGAUGAUUGCCAUAUUAAGACCAACUCUAUCCAAUUAGCUAUCUAUGCUAGGACAUGUAUGAUGAGCCGAAGUGAAUAUCAUGGGUUACAGAUUGGCUGGGAUAACGAUGAAUGUGACCAACCAUUGACAAUACCUCGGGAAGAUAUGCUCACCAAAAGCUGGAGGCCGCAACUCAACGGGGACAUCACCGCACCCAAGAUCCAAAAUCGUUUUUCUACGCUCGAAGUUGAGGGAAAUGAGUAUGAUGAUUAAGCAGCUUUUGUAAGUGUCAGGAGCUAUGACUGUUGCAACAAAUGUUGAGGGCGAAUGACUCUAUCGUUUCUCUCGUGUCACUUCUUUGCAUGUUUUUUUCACUUGCACUUAUCGCAGAUGAACUGCGUGUCCAUGAUGUAAUGUCUAAGGAUUGAGGGGUUGAAUCCCAAGCUACCUGUGGAAAGAUAGUAUCUGGAGUUCAAGAUACCUCGGUCUGGGAUCGUGUUAAUCACGAGAGCCAAAAUUAUUUUAAGGGUCAUUCUGAGAUGAUUCCUUGCAAUAUGUACUACUAGUCAAUUAGAGGAUUUUCUCAUCA